GUCGGGACGGGGGCACGGAACUGCUGUAGGGUCGACGAGUGAUCGGAGAUGGAGGAGAAAGAUGGACGUUAGACGGAGGUUUUUAGAGUUGUAGCCGUGACUUACUGAUAGUACGGAUAUUUGUGUCCUCGCCUCAGGGUGAAGGUUGUAUGAGGACCCGCGGAGGACGCGCUUUAAUCGCAGUAAGGUAGCUAAUGUAGGCAGAGUUGGGGAGGGCUGUAGCUGCUGGGGUUUUUUUGGAGAGGGAAAACAACAUGGCUGCGGUGGAGCUCGAAUGGAUCCCAGAAACACUGUACAACACGGCUAUCUCGGCUGUGGUGGACAACUACAGCCGAUCCAGAAGGGACAUACGUUCGCUCCCGGAAAACAUACAGUUUGAUGUCUAUUAUAAGCUUUACCAGCAGGGCCGGCUCUGCCAGCUCGGAGGAGAGUUCUGUGAGCUGGAGGUGUUUGCUAAAGUCCUGCGGGCUUCAGACAAAAGACACCUCCUGCACCACUGUUUCCAGGCCCUGAUGGACCACGGCGUGAAAGUUGCCUCAGUCCUGGCGAACUCCUUCAGCCGCCGCUGCUCCUACAUCGCAGAGUCUGACGCCCACGUCAAAGAGAAGGCCAUCCAGUUCGGCUUUGUGCUGGGUGGAUUCUUGUCUGACGCCGGCUGGUAUGGAGAUGCAGAGAAAGUGUUUCUGUCGUGCCUGCAGCUGUGCACGCUCCACAGUGAGGUCCUCCAUUGCUACCGGGCCGUGGAGUGCUGCGUCAGGCUGCUUCAUGUCCGCAAUGGUAACUGUAAGUACCACCUGGGGGAGGAGACCUUCAAGCUUGCUCAGACUUACAUGGACAAACUAGCCAAACAUGGCCACCAGGCCAACAAGGCAGCGCUGUACGGCGAGCUCUGUGCCUUGCUCUUCGCCAAAAGCCACUAUGACGAAGCGUACAAGUGGUGUAUAGAGGCUAUGAAGGAAAUAACUCCAGGGCUUCCUGUCAAAGUCGUGGUUGAUGUCCUUCGGCAAGCCUCCAAGGCCUGCGUGGUGAAGAGGGAGUUCAGAAAAGCAGAGCAGCUGAUCAAACAUGCAGUGUUUCUAGCAAGAGAACAUUUUGGACACAAGCAUCCCAAGUACUCCGACACGCUGCUAGAUUAUGGAUUUUACUUAUUAAAUGUAGACAACAUUUGCCAAUCAGUGGCUAUUUACCAGACGGCGCUGGACAUCCGACAGUCGGUGUUCGGGGGGAAGAACAUCCACGUGGCCACGGCGCAUGAAGACCUGGCCUACUCCUCGUAUGUGCACCAGUACAGCUCUGGGAAGUUUGACAACGCUCUAUUCCACGCAGAACGUGCCAUAGACAUCAUAACUCACAUUCUGCCUGAGGACCAUCUGCUGCUGGCCUCCUCCAAAAGAGUCAAAGCUCUGAUCCUGGAGGAAAUCGCCAUCGACUGCCACAACAAAGAGACAGAAGAGCGCCUCCUGCAGGAGGCUCAUGACCUGCACCUCUCCUCCCUGCAGCUGGCCAAGAAAGCCUUCGGAGAGUUCAACGUCCAGACGGCCAAACACUACGGCAACUUAGGACGACUCUACCAGUCCAUGAGGAAGUUCAAGGAGGCGGAGGAGAUGCACAUAAAAGCCAUCCAGAUCAAGGAGCAGCUGCUGGGCCACGAGGACUACGAGGUGGCUCUGUCCGUGGGUCACCUGGCGUCGCUCUACAACUACGACAUGAACCAGUAUGAAGACGCAGAGAGGCUCUACCUGCGCUCCAUCGCUAUAGGUAAGAAGCUGUUUGGAGAGGGCUACAGCGGGCUGGAGUACGACUACAGAGGCCUCAUCAAACUCUACAACUCAGUGGGAAACUACGAGAAGGUGUUUGAGUAUCACAACGUCCUGUCCAACUGGAACCGGCUGAGGGACCGACAGUUCGCCGUGGCGGACGCCCUGGAGGACGUCAACACUACACCCCAGCAGACCCAGGAAGUGGUGCAAGCUUUCCUAUUGGCUCAGAGCUUGGGUCCCACCCGCCCCUGUCUCGGCUGAUUUUUUUUUUUUUUAAUGAGGGAUGAGAGGAAAAAAAAAAAAAAGACGUGUGGGGCUUCAGCCUGGUGAGGACACGAAACGAGCCCAGACGAGACGCUUCAGUUGCACACGAUGAAUUUAGUAACACACAGUAAAUUCAAGCAUCAUUGGCAGGUUGCUGCCAGUGUGUACACACACACACACACACACACACACACACACACACACACACACACACACAUUUAGUCAUGGAAUAAAAAAGUAGAGAAGACACCGUUAUCAAACCUCAUCGACACCCACACAAACCACCGAGAUGCAACUUGAGACUGACGCAGCUUCACCCACAGAGCAGACGGAUGCCUUUCUCCAAGAGAAAGAGAGAGAACACGUGACGGAGGGGGAGAAAUAAAAAUUGAAAAGAAAAAAAGAAAACCUCAGACAUCCUGUGAGGAUGACAGACGACCUCUCCUCCUCUCUGGUCUCGCUCGCCUUUUUCUUUUCAGUUUAGAAUCAGGACGUUUUUUUUUGUUUUGUUUUGCUUUUUGUAUUUGAGCCAGUGUCGCUCUGAAACUCGCCACGAGACUCGUCACAGAUCGACACCGCGUUCUUCUCCGGGACUGACGGACAUCACAGCAUCUGUGACAAAACAUCCAUCAGCAGCAGCAUCAUCAUCUUCGCCGUCGUCGCUCGGCGGAUCACAGACAGAAGCUGUGGAAUAUUUUUGACACUUGUACAGUAAAAUAAUUCAAAAGAUUGUACACUUAAGUUUCAGUUGAAGGCUUCUCUGCUUGACAUGGACAUGAAGACAGACUUCCUGUUUCUAAACAGUGGGAUGUGUUGAACCAGUGGGUAUGUUGUUACACACAUGACUUCACAGGUCUUGUUUUCAGAUUAUUUUGUUUUGUUUUGUUUUUUUUCCAGCCUAGUCCUGACAUAGCAUCAUUAAAAUGCCAAUAACUUAUAUGCAGAGGUUGUAUGUUAAUGUAGCUCUUUGUUUAUGAACAGCUCGACACCGUGACUUUAACAACAAGGGACACGAACGGGAGUGAAAAGAGGAAGAUGCGACAUGUACAGAGGCUCGUUAGCCUCGUUAAUCUGUGUGUGUGCACGUGUGUGUGUGUGUGUGUGUGUGUGUGUGUGUGUGUGUGUGUGUGUGUGUGUGUGUGCGUAUGCGCGUGUGCGUGUGUGUGUGUGUGUAGUAUCCACAGAUAGGACUCUGGGUGCCCAAGUGCUCCACUGAUGACUACCAGCCUUACACCAGCUUGCAGUUAUCUGUCUGUAGACGGACCCAUACUUUUAAGUGCUAAAUAAACUACUAUACCCUUAAGGGCACUACAGUGGGGACCAAUAUUGUGUGUGUGUGUGUGUGUGUGUGUGUGUGUGUGUGUGUGUGUGUGUGUGUGUGUGUGUGUGUGUGUGUGUGUGUGUGUGUGUGUUGCCAGCCUGUCUACCUGUGCAUCUGGCCUUUCCUCUCCACUCCGUCCUGUCAGAUUUCCCAUUAAUGAAAAGUUUUUUUAAUUUUUUUUUAUUACUGGACCUUGUUUUUCCAUCAGCCUCCGUCAGUGUCUCCGAGGCGGGAAACUCAUUCAUGUUUCAUUUCAGAGCUGAACUGUCUUGGUGCUCAUGUCCAAUCAAAACGGACCAAGAGGAAACACAAGCCUGAAAACAACAACAACCAAUGAAGUGACAUGAUUUUAACGUUUGUAAUUCCCUGCAGUGGAAACGAUCUGAAGCCAAAUCUUCUCCGAGCCGUCUGAUGAACAUUUAAAGGACCAGUUCACUCAAAUCACACAAGAGGAGGGCUCUCUCACUUACCUGUGGUGCAGUGGUUCCCAAACCUUCACCUGAUGAAUGUUUACAUCUGAGAAUGUUAAUCUGCUGAUUUUCAUAAACAGAAAUGUGCAAUAUUCACCAAACAUCAGGAUCCUUUCAUCUGGUUCAUGUAAAUUUAAAAUCCAGAUGCACGUCACUCACACCGGGUGUUUUACAGUGUGAAAAUAAACUCACCAGCGCCCCCUGGUGCACAAACUACAUAACAGCAGCCCCUGUGUCUAAAUGACCUCUAACGUAUCUUUAGCAUUUCAUUUCUCUGCUGACGUUUCCUCUGUAAUAUAAUCAGCUAAUAUCAGACGGUGAUUGUUUCCCCUUAAUACAAAGCUUAAUGUGAUGUGAGUGUUUCUGAGCGUUUGUGUAAGUUGUGAGCAGUUCAGGUGUAGAGUGAUUUUACCUUCAGGCUGCCGAAGAGUUCAGAGGCCUGAACAGGAAAAACCGGAGUUUGUCAAAAGAUAAAUAGAAUUUAUUGUUGUAGGAUUGUGUGUUUUUUUACUGAACUCUUGUCACAGGAAUCAUCUACAGAAGAGGAUUAGCACCACGUGAAAAAAAUUUAAUUUAAAGAGUUUAAAGUCCAAAUUCUUUUGAGAAGAAAGUCAGAAUUGGACUUUAAACUUACAAAUCAGAGAAAAAUUUCUGAGUUUAAGGUCCAAAUUUUUCUCUGAUUUCUUAAUUUAGUCUGAAUUUUUCCAUAAAUUCUGAGUUUAAAGUCAGAAUUGAGAAAAAAGUCUGAAAAAUUUGGACUUUAAACUGAAAACUCAGAAUUCAGAGAAAAUUUGUGACUUUUAAUUUUUCUCUAAAUUCUGAGUUUAAAGUCAGAAUUCUAAAAAAAAAAAUAAAAUAAAUUUAAACAUUCACUUGGUCCUAAUCCUCUUCUGUAAUCAUGUGCGGGUUGAGACCCCCCUGGGGGUCUCUACCCGCAGGUUGGGAACCACUGUUCAUUUUGGUUGGUUUUCAGUGGAACUGAAAAAACUUUGUAUGAAAACUGGAAGGAAACUUAAAAGGAAAUGUUGCUGUUGCCUCUUUUUAAAUGAAGUCUUUGAAUAUUACAGAUCCCGGUCACUUUCAGUGGCAGAGGCAGAAAUGUCCGAUUUUCAUUUCAGAACCUGAACUAACUGCAUGUGAUGAGGAUUUGGAUGAACUGGCCCUUUAAAGUAGCGCAGGAGGGGAAGUGGUGCACGAGCUGAAGCCUGACAUGAAUAACUGAGGAGCUGAUGGAAACAGAGUCGAGCUGGAAAACGAAUUCAGGCAUUAAUGAACAUCAGUUACUGAGAAUGUGAUGCCUUCAAUAAGAACCCGCUGUUUUUAAUGAAUGAAGAAAAGAAGCUUUGCCUUGCUGUUGCUUCAGUGCUGUCGGACGUCUCCCUCUCUAGCAGUGAUGUGAGUGAGUGGCUCUAGCUGAGGAGGUCCAGCCUUAGCCCCCCCCCCCCCCCCCCCCCCCCCCCCAAAAUACGCUCAGCUACACAUUUGGCGCUUCGGCUUCAACCCCCCCCCCCCUUCCAGGUGACAGAAAACAUUUGUCCAGUGUUUAUUACAAAAGUCAACACAUAUCUUCUUGUCCUAAAAAAAAAUGAGUAGUUGCAAAAAUAUAAUGGCAGUAUCCAUCACCUUUAACCCCGCCCCCUGCUGUACUGACUGCUUUUGAUCUGAGGUCAUUUUCUGGACGUGUUGCAAUGCAUUCUGGUCUAUUAGCGCUGCUGUUUUAGUGGGAUUUUUUUCUCUGUAUCUCCACCUGUGAAAGUUCACUGAUGAAGUAUUUUCUGUCCAAACUGGAGCUGAAGUGUCAGUUUCUCGCCAUGAUGUCACAGUUUCUGUUCGGCCAAUGGGGGAAAAAAGAAAAAGAAAAAUACAUUUAAAAAACAUUUUGACUCAGAAAUGUGAUUUAUUUUUAAUUUUUAAGUGUUUUAUUAACGAACCAGAGAAACCAGAUGAUGGAAUGUAGGAGACAACAUCAUCAUUGUGAUCUGAUAUAAGGGAAUGAAGUUGUCGCAGAGCCGGGGGGGGGGGGGGGGGGGGCUGAGAGACUUGGACAAAUGCUCAUUAAAGCUGUGAUGUCUCCUUCUGUCUCUGAUGUGACGAGAGGACGUUUCACUGUCGGCUUGUUACUGCUUCACUGUUUAGCUGCAAAAACAUUAAAUCUUGUAUCAUUGAUCACAAACACCAA